UCCAUUGAUAUGCAAAAAAAGAGAGCUUCUUUCUUUAUCUAAUCUUCCAACCCGUCCUUCCUUCUUUGUAUCUUCAAUUGUAUUUCCUCUCUAACUUUCACUCUCUAAGUUUCUAUACUUUCUCUCACUUCGCUCCGAUAAAUAAACCAAACCAAAUGUUACUUUCACUCUGCACAUUCUGAUCAAAAUGGCUUCCGCCAUACCUUCCCACACCUGUAUCACUUUCUCUUCUUCCUCUUCCCGCCACCAGACGCCUUCUCUUCCUCUCUCUGAAUUCAAAUUCAAUGGCUUAAGGAUGCAAAUGCCGUCCUUGAAGCUGUCUAUGGUGUCGACAACUGCGAGGUCGGAUAGGAUUUCUCGUAGGUGUGGAUCGCGCGUUGUCUGCGAAGCUCACCAGACUGUAUUGGAUCUUCCAACUGUGACUGAUGCGACAUGGCAGUCUCUCGUCCUCAAGGCCGACAGGCCAGUGCUGGUCGAGUUCUGGGCCCCCUGGUGCGGACCCUGCCGAAUCAUCCAUCCCGUAGUAGCUGAACUAUCAGAGCAGUAUGCUGGAAAACUAAACUUCUACAAAUUGAGUACCGAUGAAAGUCCUUCUACUGCAACCAAAUAUGGCAUCCGAAGCGUUCCAACAGUCAUGAUCUUUGUCAAUGGUGAGAAGAAAGAUGCAGUUCUUGGUGCUGUGCCCAAAACAACACUAACUGCUGCCAUUGAGAAAUUCUUGUAGUAAUAUAGGCAGGUCAUCAAAUUAAAUCUUCACGUUUACUAUAAUUCCUUGAGCCUUCUUUUUCUCUUUUGUGACAAUUCUUUUUUUUUUUUUUUUUUUUGUUCUUCAUUUGUGUCAUAAUAAAUAUUAUCUUGCUGGAAGAUUUGCUUCCCACAAGAAGAAUUCUAAAGAUUGGAAAUGAACAUUUCUACCAACUUUGUCAAUGUGUUGAAACUCGGAGCUUGUUUUUCUUGAUGCUGAACUAUGUAAAUUUAUGAGCUGUUGAUCAUAAUGAUUCAAGGAUGUUGAUUGUAGACUCUACUUUUUAUUGCUGUCAAGUGCCGGCACUGCAGGUGAAGAUUUUCUUUCUUACUGAUUUUGAUGGUUUUGGACCUUAUAAAUCUAUGGAAUUAAUGCUCUUUUUUCUGGAA